CACGCUCCAGCGCAACUCAGACGUUCCCUUCGACUCAUCUUAUAACAUAUCAUUCUACAGUCAAUUCUACACAAGAGACCCCCCAAAGCAGCUAUACAUCAUGGAUUUCAUCAAGAAGUUUGCCGAAGAGCAGCUGGAAAAGCAAUUUGAAGGCCAACAGGGCGGUAAUUCAGGAGGUGGAGGAGGCUAUGGUCAGCAGCAAGGAUACAAUCAAGGUGGUGGGGGCGGAGGAGGAUACGGCGGCGACUCGGAUUACAACCAGGGUGGUGGAGGAGGGUACGGUGGAGGACAAGGGUCUGGGGGAUACAAUCAAGGCAAUGAGGGACGAUACAAUGAGGGUGGGCAAGGCGGAUACAACCAAGGCGGACAAGGAGGAUACAAUCAGGGGAACCAAGGUGGAUAUAACCAAGGUGGAUACGGUGGUGGUGGACGCCAAGACUACGAUCAGGAUCAAGGUAACAAUGAUCGAUUCGGUGUGACUGGUGGACCUCAGUACAAUGCCCCACACGGACAAGGUGGGGCAGGGGGAUUCCAAGGUGGUGGAAAGCCUCAUAUCAACGAGGACGAAGCGCUUCAAGCUGCAAAUCAAUUCAACAGCAACGGGAAUGAGCACGCUUCUAUGUUCUCCCAUGCUCUGGGUCGAAUCAACAAUAUGAACCCUGAUGACACCGAUCUUGAUGAAGAUCAAGUCCAGAGGCAACAUCAACAGGCUUACGGUCAGCAGAAUGCCGGAUCAAUGGAUGCCAACAGUAUGGGAAGCGCCGCUGCUAUGCAAGCUUUGAAGAUGUUCACUUCGGGAGGUGGUGGAUCAGCUUCUAGCGGAGGAUCAAGUGCGAUGAUCGGCAUGGCCAUGUCUGAAGCCGCCAAACUGUUUGACCAGUCCGGAGGUGCUGCUCAAGGCAAUAAGCAAGACGCCAUGACGUCGGCUGGACAGACCAUCAUGAAGCUCUUGCUCAAGCAAAAGAUGGGAGGUAUGAUGGGAAGUGGUGGAUCAGGAAUGAUGGGCGGUGGCAAUUCGGGUGGACUGGGUCAGCUCAUGGGCAUGGCAAGCAAGUUUAUGUAG